GGCCGCAGAGGAUCGGGGCUGCCCGGAGGUGAGUGGUGCCCGCCUUCCCUCCCUACGGGGCUUGGCCGGGCCGCUGCGUUCAUCAUGACCGUGGACUGGCUCGGCUUUGGCUACGCUGCCCUGGUGGCAUCAGGAGGGAUUAUUGGCUAUGUAAAAGCAGGUAGUGUGCCAUCCUUAGCUGCUGGCCUUUUCUUUGGGAGUUUGGCUGGACUGGGUGCCUAUGAGAUCACACAGAAUCCAAAUAAUGUUUGGAUUUCUCUGAUUACAUCUGGAACACUGACUGCUGUCAUGGGAACAAGAUUUUACAACUCUGGAAAAUUCAUGCCUGCAGGGCUAAUUGCAGGUGUCAGUUUGCUAAUGGUUGGAAGAUUAGCACUGAAGAUGCUGGAAAAGCCUCAUGAUAACUAACUGUUCGUUUUGCAAUUUAAUAUCUGGAUAAGAAAACCUAAUAAUGAAGUUGCAUGAAUGCAGAAGCAAGAAGAUGGAACCAUUUUCUAUAUCAAGAGAAUAUUUUCCAUAUUUUAUAUGAAGUGAGGUAGAAUGUUUGGACAUACAGUUUACAAGGUGCCAUUUUUUUAUAUGAUCUUGUAGAGCUAUCAUUGUGUAGUGAGAAGCUGGUCUUGGGUUUUCAGUGUAUUUUAACACUCCCACUUUUUAUAUUCCAAAUAUACUGCUGGUAUGUGUGAAGCAGAGGGGACCUGUAAUUAAAAAAGUAUCCAUAAAGAGGCAUCAGGAGUAAUUGGCUAAGUACAACAGUGUAUCUUGUACCUUACAUACUGAGUAGUAUAGUAUGCUUUACCUGUUACAUUCUGAGUUGAUUCACUAUGUCUGUAAAACAUCUUACCUUUCCAUUGUGAAAUAACGUGAAAAUACUGCUUUUCUACAAGUAAAAUCCAUUACAAACCUUUA